AUGGCCCAUCUGGAUCGAAGGCAGAGCAAGAGGCCUCUUCCCUACGAUGCAUCCCAACAGGAAAAAGAAGCAGAUCCCAUCUUUCCACUAUAUGCAUCAGCACAGGCCCAACAAGAUAACUCGGCUAUGGUUUCCGCCCUUGCUCACGUUCUUGGCGCCGGAGACAGCGCGCCAAGUCAUAGACAAGGCAAUUACCAGCAGUUUAUUGUGACAGAGUCUGCCAUGAAAGACCAUAACCCGCUUCCACACACAAAGGAUCAAGGUAAAACUCAAUAA